UGAUUGGUCGAUAAUUCUCCCGCCACUGUCGGCCAUAAUGUUAUUGUAGGUACCCCUCUAGUGCUGCAUUGACAAAACGCUUUGGUGGCUAAUCGAUGCUUUUCUGUCUUCGCUCUCUUCGCGGUUCUUGAUCGAGUUUUGUAAAAGCUCAGUUUUGUCAACGAGGUUACGUUUUAACGUUUUUGGCUCCUUUUUUGUGUAUUUUGUGUCGUUUGUGUUAAAAACGAAACGAUUUUGGAAUGGAGAAACGCAUAGAAUUGGAAAAACGGGGCAGAGAUCCUGCGGAAAUUAAAGACCUAAUCUUAGAUAACUCAAGAAGCACCAGUAUAGUUGGAUUAACAGACGAAUUCACAAACCUGAGAAACCUGUCUCUCAUCAAUGUUGGGCUCACUUCUCUUAAAGGCUUCCCUAAGCUCCCAAAUCUAAAGAAACUUGAAUUAAGUGACAACAGGAUAGCAAAUGGACUAAAUCUGCUUGAAACUAGUCCAAAAUUAACAACUCUCAACCUCAGUGGCAAUAAAAUCAAAGAUCUGGAGACAUUAGAGCCACUUAAGAAUUUGAAGAACCUCAAGAAUUUGGACCUGUUCAACUGUGAAGCAACAUCAGUAGAAAACUACAGAGACAAAGUUUUCAAAAUGAUUCCUAGCCUUAAAUAUUUAGAUGGUUAUGAUCAACAUGAUGGAGAGGCAGAAGAAGAUGAAGAGGAGGAGAAUGAAGAGGACCUUAAUCGAAAUGGAAAUGACAGUGAUAUGUCUUCAGAUGAUGAAGAAGAAGAUGUCCGUCUUUCAUCAGUGUAUGAUGAUUUUGAAGAGGAAGAUGAGGAUGAUGAUGAGUAUGAAUUUGGUGAGGAGCAAGAGGGUGAGGAUUACGUCAUUGAAGAGGAACUUGAUGAUGAACAGGACUCUGAUGAGGAAGAUGUGGCUCUAGCUGUAGCUACAGAUGCAUCAAGGGGAACGAAGAGAAAAUUGGAGGAAGGGGAUGGUGAGAACUAAACCCAAUCUGUGUGCAUCAUCAAUAUGUAGUGAUAUAUAAAAACAUUUUUAUUACCGACCAAUGAAGUGUCUCCAACUUGGUGAGAAGAGACUUUUUGUUAAAGUCGUCACCCCUGGCUGUGGUUUCAUACUUUACAGAAGAAAAAUUAAAAAAAUUUAAUAAAUAAAAUACUUUUAUCCUUUUUGAAUACAACUGAAAAAUUCUAAAUUGAAUGAUCGAUUCCCUGCGCAAAUACGAGCAAAAUAAAUCAAUUUUAUGAUAGUGUUUUUACAAAGGUGUAACAUAAUAGCUUACGAGAUCAUUUUUUUGUAAUUUUACAUGUUUGUCGUAGAAUUUUAGAAGAAGUGAUAGUAUUCUUGUAGCUCUGAUGAAAGGAAGACUGUCUAGGUAAUAUUUCUCUUAUGUAGAUUUAUAAGCAAUAAGGUGUAAAUAUUUUAUUAGUACAGUAAAAAAUAUUUUGCUGAAAAAGAAAGAUUUAGUCAAAUUUUAGGUGUGUAAAUUAUUCAAAAGGUACAAAUUCUGCUUAGGAAUUUAUAUAAGGACAGGUUAAGCACUUCCUACAAUCAGAACUACAAUAUGGUCUAUAUUAAUGAUGCUAGUUCAAAUGUUUUGCAGUGAUUCCCUUAGACACAGGAAAAUUUUACUUCUUGGAAGAUGCUUCUGUUUUAUAUUUGAAUUUUUAUACUUAAAAUGAUAUUUUGAUAGCUAUAUCAUGGUGCAGGUUUACCAUUACAGCAAGUAAAACACAUUACAGUCUAUUUAAAUCGUCUUCACCAAUGUUUCCCAUGACUAUCUUGAAAACACAUAAUACAUUGUGAAAUAGAACAAGAUGAAACUAGUAGAGAUGUAAAAUUAUCGAUAGGAACCUAUACAUUUACAUUACAUUACAUACUUUCGCACCUUUAGAUGUCAGUGGCACAGUUCCUACAGUGACAGUGGUCAUACUCCUUCGAUACAUCUAGAGGUGGGAAACUAUGUAAUGUAAUGUAAAUUUAUAGGCUCCUAUCGAUAAUUUUACACCUCUACUGUUUCAUCUCUUUUUAUUUCACAAUGUAUUAUGUUUUCCAUCUUUUGCAUAAUUUUGUCGGUUAUUAGCGUGCUUUCACUGUAUGCUCUGUUGGUGUCCUAGUCUUCUAUGUUAUCGAUUAAUAAAAACUAGCUAGUAAACUUAGAAGGGUUAAUAAAGGUUUUCAUAUAUUAAAUUGAUCUACGAUCAAUUUUUUCUUUAAUUAAAAAAGAAUAAAUCAAAAAUAUAAGUUACAUCUCUACUAUGUAGAGGUACGACUUGAAGAAAUGUAAAUUUUAUAACGCUACUAUCCAAACUUACAUGUGACAAUUAUUUAAUGUUAGUACUUCUAUGUAUAUCGUUUAGUAUAAGAUAUCUCGCAUGUAGUUUUGAGAUUUUUGAUAUAAAAUUGACAUUAGAAACAAACGGCUGGUUCUGCAGCUAUUCUUUGGUUGAUGAGAGUACAAAAUCAUUUUCAACGUAGGUGUAAACUUUACAUAAAAAUGAUCGUUCGUGAUAUUUUUUACUGUAGGUACUGUUUUAUAUGUAAAAUAUGAAAGACUUUUAUGAAUCGACAUUCCAAGGGUAGAAGGGGUGAUUCUGUUAGUAUAAGAUGCUGGCUAAGGCAGUUAUUCACUUGUCAAUUCACGAAAUUUUUUUAUGAAAGAUUUAAACGAAUGUAGUACAAAUGUAUUGUAGGUAUAUAGAAGGUGUUGUAAAGGUUAAGGUCUGAGGAUUAUGUAAAUGCAGCUCCAGCUGAAGAUGCGAUUUUGUACCUACAGUUUAUCCAAUAUUGUUUAUUUUUUAUAAAAACAAUAUUAGUUUCUUAAUGAGUGAAUACUGGUUUAAGUGAAAAUCUUGUACUGUUCAGUUGUCUUUCUUAACUACAUUGAAAACUGUAAGCAUAUAUGUAAAAGAUACUAUAGUUAGUGUGUACACCUUUGUAAAUGCCAUAUAGGUAAAGUAGCAGCCAGAAAUUGUUAAAAAAAAUGUAAUUUAAUGAUUAUAUUUUGUACAUCCAUUAUUACCUAAUGUCGUAGUUUUAGGGUGUUAACAAUGCAUAUGGAUUAAGUUAUUGUUUUUUAUUGAUCUUGUGUUAUAUCAUCAACUUUCUCAGAUUAAAAUUUCUUAACAUUGA